AUGCGGAACACGACUGGUCUAGUUUUCUGUGCCCUGGCCCCCCUGACAGGCUUUCUGAUGAUAUGCCUGGGGGCCUACUUCAUUUCCUCAGAUUCAAUAUUCAGCUGUUGGGAGAACAUGGUUCUCACCUAUUUACUUCUGCCUCUGGGGUUUGUGAUUCUUCUGAGUGGAAUUUUCUGGAGCACCUAUCGCCAGGUGAGAGAAAGCAAAGGAAUGUUCAUCCAGGACCUCGAACGACAUUUUCAUCAGGGGGCAGCCCUGCCCUUGGCCACAGUGGACAGGCCAAACUUUUAUCCUCCUGCUUAUGAAGGAGGGGCUGAAAAGAAGCCUGGUUGGGCAGAGGGAGCGGCCACCGGGGUUCCUCCACCUCUCUACAGCGAGACGGACCUUGAACACCUUGAAAGCACCAAUCUGGCCCCUGAGGCCCCACCAUCCUAUGAAGAGUCUGUAGUAGACCAGAUGGCUGCGACCAGGCCAGGCCUGCAGUGCUGA